AUGCGCAUGGCUACCAAUACCAUGUGUCCACCGCUACCAGAAACAACAACAACAACUCCACUUCCAGACGGAAUCUGUGCACAGGCAAUAUGGUCACGAAAUGGUAUUACUGUUGCUGGAGGAAAUGGAAUUGGUGGUAAAUUGAAUCAACUUGACUUUGCGACCGGACUGUUUAUCAAUGAAGAUGAUGGCUCGAUCUAUGUUGCCGAUCAAUCGAAUCAUCGAGUGAUAAAAUGGGAUUCACCAGAAGUCUCAUCAUCUAAUAAUGGUGUGGUUGUGGCCGAUGGACAAGGCACUGACAAUGGUAUAUUUUAUCCCAUUGAUCUUGCUAUUGACAAGAAUGGAACAAUGUUCAUUUGCGAUUAUGGAAGUAGUCGAGUCAUUCGAUGGCCACAAGGUGCUUCUAAUGGAGAAACAUUUAUUUCAAAUAUUUCUUGUGCUGGUUUGAUGAUUCAUAAUGAUCAAUUUUUGUACGUCACUGAUUUUCGUGAACAUCGUGUCACUCGAUGGCAUAUUGGAACAAAUGGAGGUGGAGAAAUUGUCGCUGGUGGACAUGGACAAGGUUCAGAUUUCAAUCAACUCAAUCAACCGUACUAUUCAUUUAUUGAUAAAGAUCGAUCCGUUUUUGUGGCCGACCAUCUCAAUAAUCGAAUAAUGAAAUGGAUUGAAAACGCACAAGAAGGCAUUGUGAUUGCUAGUAGAAAUGAAUCAGACAAUGGAAUGAAUCAGUUAAGUAUUCCUACUUCAGUCGUUGUUGACCAAAUGGGUUCGAUUUACGUGACUGACACUUCGAAUAACCGAGUGAUGCGUUAUUUAAAAGGAAGCAAAGAGGGUAUUGUAAUUGUUGGAGGGGAUGCAUCAGGUAAUGGACCUGAUCAACUCACUGAACCUUUUGAUUUAUCAUUUGAUCGAAAGGGUAACUUGUACGUAGUCGAUUUGUCGAAUUAUCGUGUUCAAAUGUUCAAAAUUGACAAAUCUGCAUGUGAAAGAAUUCAUUCUUAA